UCCCAGGCUGGUGUGAGGCUGGCCGUCUGUGGACCAUCCCAGGGGACGCUGAGCAGGGCGGUGAUUUCAGCCCUGGUCCCUGCCUUGGGCAAAGGGGCUUUCAGCCCUGGCCCCCUUGGCAUGUAGGAUUCUAGUGACUUCCCAAUAUGUGGUGGGAGAGGGGUGUCACCAUCCCUCAUCUAGGGUAUGCGGGACUGAGGUUUCUAGAACGGCUUUUACUCCCAGCCACAAACAUCUCUUGCUUUCUCUCCCGAUGUGUUUUCUGCCGCAUCUCGUAGUAAGUUCUAUGUUUAACUGUCUCUUGAGGGCCUAAAACCUCAAAAUUAAAUAGGCUGCUGCCGUACGGCCUCCUGCAUGGAGCAGCCUCCACCGGAGUGCAAGUGGCUGUAGAAUUCCAGGGCUCUCACAUGCCGCCUGGACACCGUCAGAGACGCCGGUGCCAACCUCAUGGCCUCUGAUAGGGAAUCGCUGUUGGCAGAUGUUCGGCGGGGGUGGAGCUGGGCACACGGGGAUCCUGCACUUCACACGUCCCGCCUGAUGCCCUGUGUUGGGAUCUCUGGGGACAGCCCCUCCCCCAUCCAGCCCAGAGAGCUGGGCCACAGGGAGCUUACUUUGGCCUCAGUUCCGGUCCCUUGGGAUCUCAGCAGAUGUGUCUGUAGCCUCCUUUGGGUGCUCCUGCCCCUAGUUUGUAACCUGUCCAGGCAGGCAGUGCUGGUAUUCAUAGCAGAUAAGGCCCGUCUCUAAGGCCCCUUGGCUGGACACGGAUCUGGCCCUGGGCUUCUGGGCCCAGACCGACAGUAGGGCUCCCUUCUAGAGUCUCCUAAAGCUACAUCUGAGACACCAGAGGCACCUGAGAAUGCUCUGCUCGGGUUCCCCACAGAGGCCUUGAGUCCAGGUACCCCUCAGGGGAAGGAGGUCUUGUCUCUGGAAGCAUUUCCAGGGUCCCAGGUGCUCAGGGAGGGUCAGGAGCCCCGCCACAGCCUCUGAGGCAGAUUGGCGAAACAGAAGGGCAGACGUGCGGUGAUCUCUUCCACCAUCUUCUAGCUCUGUGGCCUCAGGCAGGUCACUCACCCCCGAGCCCGUAAAGGGACUGAUGAGGACGCCUCCCAUAACCGUAACAGCAGCCAGCGUUACAGAGUCUUAAUACGUGGCAGGCACCGGGCCAAAAGCCGUCCGUGGACUCCCUCAUUCAGUGCUCGCUACAGCUCAUGAGCCACUUUACAGACCACAACCUCACGAGAUUGCAUGAGGACAGACCUGUUUGGGAAGGCCCAGCCCGCGGCCUGGCCAGCCUGCCGCAGCUCCAGCAUGAAGGCCAAGUGUCCGCAGGCCGAUGCCGGGCCGGGUGGUCACCCCCCGGGAUGGAGCGGGGCAGCGUGUCAUUUCUCGGACUCCCUUCCCCCUCCGUUAAGCCAUGAUUCCGGUGACAGAGCUCCGCUACUUUGCGGACACGCAGCCAGCCUACCGGAUUCUGAAGCCGUGGUGGGACGUGUUCACCGACUACAUCUCCAUCGUCAUGCUGAUGAUCGCCGUCUUCGGGGGCACGCUGCAGGUCACCCAGGACAAGAUGAUCUGCCUGCCUUGUAAGUGGGUCACUAGGGACUCCUGCAACGACUCCUUCCGGGGCCCCGAGCCCGCCUACCCCAACUCCACGGUCCUGCCGAGCCCUGGUGCCGGCCCCACGGGCAUCAAGUACGACCUGGACCGGCACCAGUACAACUACGUGGACGCUGUGUGCUAUGAGAACCGCCUGCACUGGUUCGCCAAGUACUUCCCCUACCUGGUGCUCCUGCACACGCUCAUCUUCCUGGCCUGCAGCAACUUCUGGUUCAAGUUCCCGCGCACCAGCUCGAAGCUGGAGCACUUCGUGUCGAUCCUGCUCAAGUGCUUCGACUCGCCCUGGACCACCCGGGCCCUGUCCGAGACGGUGGUGGAAGAGAGCGACCCCAAGCCGGCCUUCAGCAAGAUGAACGGCUCCAUGGACAAGAAGUCGUCGACGGUCAGUGAGGACGUGGAGGCCACCGUGCCCAUGCUGCAGCGGACCAAGUCCCGGAUUGAGCAGGGCAUCGUGGACCGCUCGGAGACGGGCGUGCUGGACAAGAAGGAGGGGGAGCAGGCCAAGGCGCUGUUUGAGAAGGUGAAGAAGUUCCGUACCCACGUGGAGGAGGGGGACAUCGUGUACCGUCUCUACAUGCGCCAGACCAUCAUCAAGGUGGUCAAGUUCAUCCUCAUCAUCUGCUACACUGUCUACUACGUGCACAACAUCAAGUUCGACGUGGACUGCACCGUGGACAUCGAGAGCCUCACGGGCUACCGCACGUACCGCUGUGCGCACCCGCUGGCCACGCUCUUCAAGAUCCUGGCGUCCUUCUACAUCAGCCUGGUCAUCUUCUACGGCCUCAUCUGCAUGUACACGCUGUGGUGGAUGCUGCGGCGCUCCCUCAAGAAGUACUCGUUCGAGUCCAUCCGCGAGGAGAGCAGCUACAGCGACAUCCCCGACGUCAAGAACGACUUCGCCUUCAUGCUGCACCUCAUUGACCAGUACGACCCGCUCUACUCGAAGCGCUUCGCCGUCUUCCUGUCGGAGGUGAGCGAGAACAAACUGCGCCAGCUGAACCUCAACAACGAGUGGACGCUGGACAAGCUGCGGCAGCGGCUCACCAAGAACGCGCAGGACAAGCUGGAGCUGCACCUGUUCAUGCUCAGCGGCAUCCCCGACACCGUGUUCGACCUGGUGGAGCUGGAGGUGCUGAAGCUGGAGCUGAUCCCCGACGUGACCAUCCCGCCCAGCAUCGCCCAGCUCACGGGCCUCAAGGAGCUGUGGCUGUACCACACGGCGGCCAAGAUCGAGGCGCCCGCGCUGGCCUUCCUGCGCGAGAACCUGCGCGCCCUGCACAUCAAGUUCACGGACAUCAAGGAGAUCCCGCUGUGGAUCUACAGCCUGAAGACCCUGGAGGAGCUGCACCUGACGGGCAACCUGAGCGCGGAGAACAACCGCUACAUCGUCAUCGACGGGCUGCGUGAGCUCAAACGCCUCAAGGUGCUGCGGCUCAAGAGCAACCUCAGCAAGCUGCCGCAGGUGGUCACCGACGUGGGUGUGCACCUGCAGAAGCUGUCCAUCAACAACGAGGGCACCAAGCUCAUCGUCCUCAACAGCCUCAAGAAGAUGGUGAACCUGACCGAGCUGGAGCUGAUCCGCUGCGACCUGGAGCGGAUCCCGCACUCCAUCUUCAGCCUCCACAACCUGCAGGAGAUUGACCUCAAGGACAACAACCUCAAGACCAUCGAGGAGAUCAUCAGCUUCCAGCACCUGCACCGCCUCACCUGCCUUAAGCUGUGGUACAACCACAUCGCCUACAUCCCCAUCCAGAUCGGCAACCUCACCAACCUGGAGCGCCUCUAUCUGAACCGCAACAAGAUCGAGAAGAUCCCCACCCAGCUCUUCUACUGCCGCAAGCUGCGCUACCUGGACCUCAGCCACAACAACCUGACCUUCCUCCCCGCCGACAUCGGCCUCCUGCAGAACCUCCAGAACUUGGCUGUCACGGCCAACCGGAUCGAGGCGCUGCCCCCGGAACUCUUCCAGUGCCGGAAGCUGCGGGCCCUGCACCUGGGCAACAACGUCCUGCAGUCCCUGCCCUCCAGGGUGGGCGAGCUGACCAACCUGACCCAGAUCGAGCUGCGGGGCAACCGGCUGGAGUGCCUGCCCGUGGAGCUGGGCGAGUGCCCGCUGCUCAAGCGCAGCGGGCUGGUGGUGGAGGAGGACCUGUUCAACACGCUGCCCCCCGAGGUGAAGGAGCGGCUGUGGAGGGCGGACAAGGAGCAGGCUUGAGCGCGGCCGCCGCUGAGGCCUCGGGCCCAGGGACCCCGACACCCCGGGGAACAUCCGGCCAGCUCUCCGCCAGGGCAGGAGCCCCGGGGCUGGACAUCAGCUGGGCGGCAGCGACAGGACCGUACCUCAGGGGCUGGCCCCUUUUCUUCAAUUCUGAGACUCCUGCCCCCCCAGGGCGGGCGCCUGUCGGGGAGAGCAGAGACCUAAGUCUUCGAGUGCAGUAUUUGGACAAUCAGAGCCUCCUCCCUGGAGGCUGUCUCUGCGGGAGAGGCCGAGUGGACGCCAGAGGCCCAGGGACACCUAGCUCUUGGUAUUUAUUUUUCUCCGCUUCCCAUCCCUCCCUCCAGAUAACUUAUACAUUCCCAAGGAAAGUCCAGCUCCAAUGGGGGAGGCGUUGAAGGAAGGCUGGGCAGUGUCCCGUUGACAUUUUUGGUGAUGUCCCCGCCUGGCGGUACCCACCCAGACUUGAGCGGAGCGGCCCGGGGAGGACCAGUGGCUGACAAUCGGGCCAGCGGUGUGGGGGCUGGGCCCUGGCGGUAUGGCCCGGGGCACGUCGGCAGGUCGCCAGGUGGAAAAGCCAGGCCUGGGGCUCACCUCAUCAGUUUUAGAUUUUUUUUUUUUAAGUAAAAAAAAAAAAAAAGAAAAAAAUUUUUAAAGCUUUGAAAAUGGAUGGUUUGGGUAUUAAAAAGAAAAAAAACAAAAACAAAAAAAAACCACAAAAAAACAAAAGACCGUGAAGGCCAGUGAGUUGGGGUCUCAGGGCAGGAUGGCAGCUUCCCUUGGACAGAGCGCCAGAUGCUGAAUUGUAUUCCCCCCUCCCCCUCCGCCUCCGCCGGGGUCCGAGCUGCAGGAUGCCUUCCGAGUCUGGUGUGACCUCGGUCCAGGAGUUCUGUUUGUUCCUCUCCUCUCUGAGGACGGGGAAUGUUUUGUUUUGUUUUGUUUUUUGGUGUCUUGUUUUCUCUCCUCCAUGUAUCUUGGCAGGCGCCCAUUUCUGUGGCUCUUGGCCAAAGGGAACGUUCUGGAGCUGCCAAGAAAGGCGGAGACGCGGGCUGGCUAAUCCCCGGAUGAAUGGUGCUCCAUCCUGCUGUCCCUCGCCUCAGUGUUAAAGAGCCAGGAGGAGCUCCCUCGCCCGGACUCUUGCUCUCACCUCAUGUGUCAUGACUUUGCCCAGUGCCACCACUAGCCUCAGCUGCUGACAUCCGCCCUGUCGCCACCUGGUCCUAAAGAAGAGACCCUUGGAGGCGGGGUCGUGGGUGGGGAGGUCGCUGCUGGGAGGGCAGGCUCCCCCAGGUUUAGUUCCGGUUUCUGUCCCAGGCGCCUGGCACACACAACCCACUCAGCGCCCGGCUGCUGAAAGCCAUGUCACUUUAGAUCAGUCACCGGGUUCCCUGCAUUAGGAGGGUCCCCCCCACUCCCCCACUUAGAUCGAUCACUUGGACACUAAGGCACAUUUUAGCGUCUCUUGUCUUUAAUGAGUAUGUCCAUUUGUCUGUCCAUUUGUGUUCCCUGCGUCAUGUUGGCGGAUGUAAUCCUCAGAAAUCAUGCACACUAGCCUUUGACGACCAUGAAGCAAUCCGUUACAUGAGGGUCUAAACUUGUAGACUCGAUCAAGUAUCAAAUAAAUCUAUAACAGAAAGUA